GGAAAAGGCAGGUCUGGGCAAGAGGGCCGAUGCAGGGCGGGGCAAGGGAAGGGCAAGAGGGAGGCCAGCCCCCUAGUAGGAAAUGAGACCGGGGAAGAAUAACACUUUAUAAGCCUGCCGCCUUCUUCCUCCUCCUAUCCUCUGGCCACCUUCCAACCUCCUCCGUUCAGCCUCCUCCCCUUCCAGACGGUCCUCACUUCUUUUCCCUCUAGGCUGCAGCCAGCCAGAGCCCCCUGCCUGCCGGAGCCAGGAGCCCAGGUGGGGUAAGAACCUCAGCCCCAGGAUGUUGACGACAUUGCUGCCACUGCUGCGUCUACUGCUCCUGCCUGGCUGGGCCUUUUGUAGCCAGGACGCCUCAGAUGGCCUCCACAUGCUCCAGAUCUCCUACUUCCGUGACCCCUAUCAAGUGUGGCACCGGGGCAACGCGUCGCUGGGGGGACUGACGACGCACGUGCUGGAAGGCCAGGGCACCAACGUCACGAUCAUCCAGCUGCAGCCCUUGGAGGCGCCCGAGAGCUGGGUGCACACAGAGGAACGCCUGAAGACCUACCUGAGAGAGUUCCAAAUGUUGGUGCAGCUGGUGCACGGGGAGCGGCACUUGACCUUUCCUCUGACCUUUCGCUGCUUCCUGGGCUGUGAGCAGCCUCCUGAGGGCUCUCCAGCCCGCGUCUUCUUCGAAGUGACUAUGAAUGGGAGCUCCUUUGUGAGUUACCAGCCAGAGACGGCCUUAUGGGUGGCAGGGCCCCAGGCACCGUCCAAGGUGGUCACCUUCACUGUGCAUCAGCUCAACUUUUACAAUCGUACUCGGUACGAACUGCAAGAAUAUCUGCGGGACCUCUGUGUGCAGUACAUGCAGGAGUAUGUCACUUUGAAAAACUCAAAAGGGAGCCAAACAGGCCGCUCCUACACUUCGCUGGUCCUGGGCGUCCUGGUGGGCAGUUUCAUCAUCGCUGGUGUGGCCGUAGGCAUCUUUCUGUGCACAGGUGGACGGCGGUGUUGAUUACUCUCCAGCCCCCUCUGAGAAAGGGCUGGACUGAUGCGGGCUGGCAAGGGAAGACCUCAGCUCACGACAAAACCAAACAGAGGCCCCCAUCUGGGACAUUACAUCCCAGAAGGUUUGGAGUGGCUGCUCCUUCUCUCUGAUCUGCCCACCCAGAGUCUGGGGGAGGGGAAGGGAAGGGAGGAAGGUAGACAGAGGUUUUGGUUUGCUGAGCACCUAAGUGCUUGCAUGCUUUGCUGAAUUGGUCUGAGAAGCGAAUGCUUAUCUAUCUUUGUGGAAAAGAGUUGAUGGAGUUGGGUGGGACUGGGAGAUGUCUAUGGCACAUCCUUCAAGGACAGAAUCACCUGAGGCAUUCAAAACACCUAACAAAUACAAGAAGUCCAUCCACAACCAAAAUAAACAACAUUUGGUGCUUCCGGGCACAUCAGACUUGGGAAGGGACGCUGGUAUAAUAGAGGUAGACAGAAAUAACCAUAGAAAUGGUGAAAGUGUAAAAUAUAAGUAAUGGGAGCAAAGAGUUAUUAAUUACUUAAUGAUAUUAUUAAUAAAUUCCUUACUUAUGUA